CCCUUCCCGCUCCCCCUAGUCGGUGAUGACGCGGCCUCAACAUGGCGGCGUUCGCGGAAAUAGGGAAACUUUAAUGGGAUUUCUGAGGCGGCGGGGAUAGUUGGAAAGAGCGGGACAGGGGAGCCCGGUGUACCGUACAGAACACUUGACAUGAGCUGCGGUGUGCCCCGCACCUCCCCCAACUACACCGCGGCCCUGGACGACGACUUCCUCAGACGCUUCCGUGUCCCCGGUGACCGCUUCCUAAGGCUGUUUAAUGGAAAAGAAGAAAUAGGAAACCCCUGACUGCAUAGCUGCCUUCUCUAUGACAAAGUGAUGUACAUUACAAGGAAGUAGCAGCGCCUUCAAACUUCUAUAUGAGAAAUCAAGAAUACAAUCUCUUUGGCAAAUCCCGUUCCCACAUUUUUACAUGUGCAGAUCACUCCGUUACUGUGUUAGUCACUGCCUCCAUGCAGCAAUGACACGACUCGAAGAGGCAAACCAAGAGGUCAACAUGCACACAUCAGUCAGAUAUUUGGGCUUUUUAGCCAAGAUCACUUUACUAGUGGCCAUAUGUAUGGGUCUUUAUGUUAGAUGGGAACAGACAGCUGAAACAAUAAUAUUGGUAAUAUUUAUCUUGGGCCUUUUCAUCUUUGGCAUUGCAAGCAUCCUUUACUACUAUUUUUCUAUGGAAGCUGCCAGUUUAAGCCUUUCAAAUCUUUGGUUCGGGUUUCUUCUUGGUCUGCUUUGUUUUAUCGAUAUGUCCCAGUUUAAGUAUGAUGUAAAAGAGGAAGCCACAAAAUACUUGCUUAUAGCCUCCAUAAUCAUUCGAGCAAUGUAUGCACUUGUGGAGAGGAUCUGUGGUUGUGUUCGGCACCAUCCCACCUUUCUAACAGCAGCAGAGUUUUUGGAACUGACUGGUUUUGCCGUUGCCAGUACCAUCAUGCUUGUCCAAAAGUCAUUGUGCAUCAUCUUGCUUAUCACCGCAUUUGCACUGAUAAUUAUUGACCUGCGAAUGAAGUCUUUCCUGGCAAUCCUAAACCUGGUUAUAUUUAGUGUUGUGACACCUGUGCUGUUUUUCCCAUCAUUAGAAAUUCAUGUCAAUCCAUUUGCAUUAUCUUGCUUUUUCUGUUGCAUCAUUAGUGAGCCCUUUCUUGACGUGUACUUUAGUGGUCUUUCGGUCACAGAGCGAUGGAAACCAUAUUUGUAUCGAAGCAGGAUUUGCAGAAGGUUUUCGGUCAUGUCUAUUGGAUUGAUUGAACUGAUAUUUUUCAUUCUAGCAGCCUUUAAAUUGAAAGAUCUACAUUUAUGGUAUUUUGUUAUUCCUGGCUUUUCCAUCUUUGGCAUCUUUUGGCUAAUCUGCCAUAUUAUCUUUUUAAUCACUCUUUGGGGUUUCCACACUAAGUUGAAUGACUGCCAUAAGGUAUAUUACAGCCAUAGAACAGAUAACAGCCUUGAUAGGGUUAUGGCCUCAAAGGGAAUGCGUCAUUUUUGCCUUAUUUCUGAGCGUUUGGUGUUCUUCAGUCUCCUGUCAACAACAGUCCUUGGAGCUGUAUCUUGGCAGCCAACCAAUGGGACCUUUAUGAGCUUGUUUCUGAUUGUCUUACCUCUUGAGUCAAUGGCACACGGUCUAUUCCAUGAACUUGGUAGCUGUUUGGGAGGGACUUCUGUUGGCUAUGCGGUUGUAAUUCCCACAAAUUUUUGCAGCCCAAAUGGACAACCCAUGUUGCUUCCACCAGAACAUGUACAGGAACUUAACCUGCGUUCCACGGCAAUGCUAAAUGAUAUCCAGAGAUUCUUUGCUUCCCACAUGAUAGAAACCUAUGGCUGUGACUACUCUACAAGUGGUCUUACUGUUGACACCCUGCAAACAAAACUCAAGUCUUUUCUGGAACUGAGAACAUCCGAUGGACCCAGGCAUGAUACUUACAUACUGUACUACAGUGGACACUCUCACAGUACUGGAGAAUGGGCUUUAGCAGGUGGUGAAACAUUGCGAUUUGAGACAAUCCUUGAAUGGUGGCGGGAGAAGAACAGUACAUAUUGCUCCCGACUUAUCAUUGUGUUGGAUACGGAGAGCUCACCUCCUUGGGUUAAGGAAGUUCGAAAAGUUAAUGAUCAGUAUAUUGCCAUUCAAGGAGCAGAGAUGGCAAAGAUUGUAGAUAUUGAGGAAGCCGAUCCUCCACAGAUUGGGGAUUUCACUACCGAGUGGGUGGAGUACAAUUGUAACCCUGACCACAAUAUAAGCUGGUCUGAGAAAGGACGCACUGUUAAGGCAGUAUAUGGGGUGUCAAAGCACUGGAGUGACUACACCUUGCAUUUGCCGACAGAGAAUGAUGUGACUAAGCACUGGAUGAUUUAUUUCCCUCGCAUCACCUACCCCCUUGUCCACCUUGCUAACUGGUGUGGAGCCCUCAAUAUUUUCUGGCCUUGUAAAGUUUGCUACAAGUGUCUGAAAAGAUUUAAAAUGAAUUGGUUUCUUCCAGCUGUGCUGGACACAGGCCAAGGAUUUAAACUGGUUAAAUCCUAAAUACUGUUCUAAAAAAUGGUACAUUUUAUUAUGUUAUGUAUGUACAGUAUAUGUAUUUAUCUAUCUCAGUGGAAAUUAAGACAGAUAAAGACACAGAUAUAUAAAGACAUAUAUAUAUUUUUCCCUUCCUAUUUAAAAAGAAACUAUGAUUUUUCAGCAAUGCACUGCUUUGUUACAUUUGUCUGUACAGCUACAUAUACAGUUUUCCCAUUUGUAUACAUUUAGUCCCAUGUUCUUACUUAGUCUUCUUCCAAGUCUUUUACACUUGUGAUGGUCCAUACUAUAAAUUGGGUGUUUCGAUUUGGGUUUUUCUAACAUCAAAUGGUGUGAUAUACUAAAAGGUAUUCUAUUCAAAUGCAGUAUGAAAUAAUUUAUACAGAAACAAAAACCUAUCCGAUUAUAUGUUCUCAUAUUUAGGUAAAUAUAAAGCAAUUAAAGGACGUAUUGUGGUGUAUUUUAGUAGCAUUUGUAGCAUGUUUUCCCUGUUAACAAAUAUAUUGUAUAUAAAAUAUUUAUCUGAAAGGAUUUAUCAUCUGACAUUGUCAAAUAUAUUUAUGAAUGUUUCUUAUAGCAUUUUACAUAGGGACAUUAAAAUAUAUGGAGAUCGUGCUCUACAAUUUGUCUAUCCUAUGACGAAAGGCAGAUGAGCAUAAGGAUUUCUGUCUACUAUGUAAAAUGUGACAUCUGUAUAACAAAGCAAAACGUCAGAAAAAAAGCUCAGGCCUACAUCACUUCCUGAUUUUAGUUAUAAAGUGACUCCAGCACAGUGUACAUUUAAAACACAUUCAUACCCAUUUGCCACCAAGGCCGAUAAAACAACAGAAUUCCUAUGUCCCUUGCCUUUACAGAUUUCGCUCUCUUUGGUUAAAGGAUUUUGAGCAAACGUAUUGCCUUUUGCAAAUGUAUCAAUAAAGCUUGGUGAACCAGUAGCAUACUUUAGUCAUGUAGAGUUGAUUUUCUUUACUACAGAAUGUUUUUUUUUAUUAUUCAAAGCUGGAGCGCAAUGAUUAACUGCGGGAGCACUUUAUUAGAAUGGUAACCUUUUAUCCCAGAUAAAGAAGCAUUGAUUAUCCCCAGCUUGUGCAUCAGUGGUAGCUAUAUAUUAUCAUUAUUUAGAUCAUGUAAAGUUGGCAUUCGUUGUCCACAGUGACACUUCCGUUAUUUGCGUAUUCAUCCCACAAAAUAGGGAGAAGCGGGAACAGUCAAAGAGAAAGAAUGGAACACGACAAGCACUAGACGGAUAGACAUUUAGCUGGCUGUUCCCCAUCCUUAUCUUGGCACAUACAUCAGUCAAAAGUAUAACAAAUCGGCACUUGAAGUGCAAAGGUGAUGUUGGUUUCAGACAACGGAGAUGGACUUUUUAGCAUGAUGUGCAGUACCACAUUAUAGAUCACUGUCAGUGGUGCUCAAUUUUCUAGCCAGCCAACAUUUUUAGAAGGGCAGCCCCUAUACAUGUCUCAUGGACAGGUAUACUUUAAAUUGAAAGCUGUCACCAGCUUUAGUGGAAAAUCAUGCUGGAUCAUUUAAUUGGGUUUUUCGAACUCUUUGGGGAGAGUCAAACCGUAAAUCGAAAAAUACACCUGUAGAUGACCGACCAUUAGUAUGUGGGGGUGUUUUACAAUGUUUUGUCAAGCUCAAACAACUUCUGUGUAUUUUAAACAUUCUUAGUCAAUAGUGACAUGUUCCCCUGUUCAUGAAAUGCACAAAUGCCUUUUGUUUGAUAUUUCAGAAAGUAUUUCAAGAAUUUUCACUGGAGGAAAUUCUAGUAACAAAUUGCACUUUUAUACGUUUCUGCACCAACUACACCCAUGCUAUUUAGUUUACAUUGAAAAAAAUAUUUGGAAAGCUUUAGUUUUGUAUAACUUUUGUGGUUUUGCCAAACAUAUUCUGUGUAGUUCCGUCUGUGUUUUUUUUACAAGUUAAUUUGCACCUAUGACAAAAACAGAAAUAAAAAAAUGACUGCCAUCCCUUCUUGUGCAGAUACCAACUAGGAAUGUGAACAUAAAGAGCACCAGUAAAACCUCAGGGAUUUCAGGAAAUAUGCAAAUGUUCAUUUUAUUCAUGACUUAAAUAUGUUUGUAUUAAAUCUAUGCAAUAUGUUAAUGUUAUGUAAAUACACCAUUGUUGUUGUUUUCCUUCUCUGCCAAUACAUAUCCUAAAUGCCUCCUUCUCUCCAAUGUAUAUAACACAUUGGCGGAUGCUUGUUACUUAUAUAUAUUUGUUUUUUACAUAUAAAGCAUUUAUGUUGGUUACGGUUUGCUUUACAAUCUUCUGUUUCAUGUGAUAUAGGAAUGAAAAUUUUUGUGUAAAUGUAAAUAAAUAUAUUUUAUGAUUUUUUUUUU